CAGAACUAAAGCCCUGACAGGGCAAGCGAAAAUCAAAUAAAGCCCACUUGGGAAUGUGCACCUAGGCAAUGGUGGCUGGGUUAGGGGCCGGGCCCAUCUAUGACAGCCCACAGAACCAGUGAGGUUUUGGCAAGUUCCAGGUAUCAAGCUGGGAGGGAGCAUUUUUAUCACUUGAUAAAAGGAAGCCGAGGACAAAGGCCCACAGAGUUUCCAUCUUCCGGGGGCUCCUUACCUCUCACAGGGGAGCUGUUUGUCUUCUGAUUUUUCUUCCUUACACAUAGAGUGUUUUCCCUUUUAAACUUCGUUUCAUUAAUUGGUUACUGAUGUGGAGUUUACAGUCCCAGUUGGCUGUAGAGCUGCGGUGUGAUGCACACUCCUGACAUGUCAUGUUGAAUGUUGACCCUGGGCCUCACUGUGUAACCCAGGCUGAGCUUGAAGCUCUUAUCCUCCUGCCUCAGCCUCCCAGAGAGAUGUAAUCACAGGUGUAGGCCACCAAGCAUGACGAUAUACCAUGAUCACAGUGUGUGGUUAAAUUAAACGCCCUCAAUUUUUUGUUUCUAUACCAAGGAUGCUGUCAUUUUUUCCAUUGUGAGUGUGUGGGUGCCAUUCUGAAAGCCGUCCUUGGAACCUUCUUGCCCUAGAUAAGUGACUCUGAAUUUGAGAUUAGUUGCAUAUGUAGUACAAUUUUAUUUAAAUGGAGGAGAGAAUCAAAGAGUGUCAUAAUCUUUCAAUCGGUAGAAAUGCCCAUCCCUUUUUAUCAUGAGCCACUUUGAGGCAAUAUAUUCAUUUCUGUUGAUGGAGUGACUCAGUGUGUCGCCUGGAUAACCUCAGGAUGAUGACUCAUAAUGAAAAACAGCAUCACCUGCUUUGGACACCAAUCUUUACUUGAAACAGUGCAUUAGAGCAGCACAUUGAAUUUGUCAAAAGUUUUGGUCACUCUGCAUGGUGUGUUAAUUGAGGGCCCAUGUUUGUUUUUUUUUUAGAGAAUUGCUUAGAGCUCAGCAAACAAUACACAUUUGAAUUCAAAAGAAAUCCUGGGGAAAGACAAAGAGUUGCUUGUAUAAAAUACAAGUUACCUCAAGGAUUUAAGAGUUGAUUUUCAUGAUUUACCCAUAAGAUUGUGAUUUUCCUAGUUAAAAAUGGAGUGGAGAAUCGAUUCUCUCUGAAAAGGUCCAUAGAAAUUUAGAGGAGGCCGUGACCUUUCAGGAUGUGGCUGUGAACUUCACCACGGAAGAGUGGGCUUUGCUGAGUCCAUCCCAAAAGAAGCUCUACAGAGAUGUGAUGGGGGAAACAUUUAUGAACAUGGCUGCUAUAGGAAGAACCUGGGAUAACCAGGAAGCUGAAGAAGAGUAUAAAAAGUACCAGAGAAAUCUAAGAAAUGAACACGUAGAGAAAUGCUAUCAGUGUAAAGCUUGGAAUCAACAUGAAGAAAUAUUCCUUCAGACUCCAGAUGCUAAUGUGGACAUGAAACGAGCUGGUUCAAAGCCAGCUGAAAGUCUUGCUUGUAGAAAGCUCCCGAUUGGGCAUUUGUCACUAAAUGUGCCCAUCAUGGCUCACACUGGACUGAAGCCAUCUGAGUAUUUGGGCUUUGAAGAGGAGCUGUAUAAGAGUGAUGAAAAUGGAAAAACCUGUGGUGAUUUCCAGUCCUUUCAGAAGCACGCAAGGACAAAGGGUGGAGAGAAACCAUAUGAAUGUAAUCAGAGUGGGAAAUCCUGGUCUGAUCUUGAAAGAACUCACCUUAGACAGAAGACCUUUGUAUGUAAGCAAAACUUGAAAGCCUGCAGCAUACCCAGUGAUGUUCAGAUCCAUGAAAGAAAUCACAGUGAGGGGAAUCAAUAUGUAAGUGAACAGUAUGAGAAAGGAUUUAUUUUGUCCCACUGUAUUCAAGUACCUGAAGGAAGGCAUGCUGGAGAGAGGCCCUGUUUAUCUAAGGAAUGUGGGAAAACAUUUGGUCAUAGUAAUUCCAUUCACAGACAUGUAGGUAUUCACACUGAGGAGAAAACCUGUGUAUGUAAGCAGUGUGGGAAAGGUUUCAGCAAACAGAGUGAGUGUGAAACACAUGAAAGAAGUCACACUGGGAAGAAAUCCUAUGUAUGUAAGCAAUGUGGGAAAGCUUUCAGCAGGCAAAGUGAAUGUAAAAUACAUGAAAGAUUUCACACUGGGGAGAAACCAUAUGUAUGUAAGCACUGUGGGAAGGCUUUCAGCAGGCAGAAUCCUUGUAAAAUACAUGAAAGAAGAAUUCACUCUAAGGAGAAACCCUAUGUAUGUAAGCACUGUGGGAAAGCUUUCAGCUGGCAGAGUGAAUGUAAACAACAUGAAAAAAGAAGUCACUUUGGGGACAAACCCUUUGUGUGCAAACAAUGUGGGAAAGCUUUCACCUGGCAGAGUGAAUGCAAACAACAUGAAAGAAUUCACACUGGGGAGAAACCCUAUGUAUGUAAGCAAUGUGGCAAAUCUUUUAGCAGGCAGAGUGAAUGUAAGAUACAUGAAAGAGUUCACACUGGGGAGAAACCCUAUGUGUGUAAGCACUGUGGGAAAGCUUUCAGCAGAAGGAAUGAAUGUAAAAUACAUGAAAGAAUUCACACUGGGGAGAAACCUUAUGUGUGUAAGACAUGUGGGAAAGCUUUCACCUGGCAGAGUGAAUGUAAAAUACAUGAAAGAAAUCACACUGGGGAGAAACCCUAUGUAUGUAAGCACUGUGGGAAAGCUUUCAGCAGACGGAAUGAAUGUAAACUACAUGAAAGAAUUCACACUGGGGAGAAACCCUAUGUAUGUAAGCAUUGUGGGAAAGCUUUCAGCAGUCACCAGAAAUGUAAAAAACAUGAGAGAAAAAUUCACUCUGGGGAGAAACCCUAUGUAUGUAAGCACUGUGGGAAAGCUUUCAGCACACAUGAUAGUUGUCAAAUACAUGAAAAAAUUCACACUGGGGAGAAACCCUAUGAAUGUAAGCACUGUGGGAAAGGUUUCAGCUUUCAGAGUCAAUGUAAAAUACAUGAAAGAAUUCACACUGGGGAGAAACCCUAUGUAUGUAAGCAAUGUGGGAAAGCUUUCAGACUGCAUGGUACUUGUAAAAUACAUGAAAGAAUUCACACUGGGGAGAAACCCUAUGUAUGUAAGCACUGUGGAAAAGCUUUCAGCUGGCAGGGUCAGUGUAAAAUACACGAAAGAAGUCACACUGGGGAGAAACCCUAUGUAUGUAAGCAUUGUGGGAAAGCUUUCAGCAGUCAGCAGAAAUGUAAAAUACAUGAGAGAAAAAUUCACUCUGGGGAGAAACCAUAUGUAUGUAAGCACUGUGGGAAAGCUUUCAACACAUAUGUUAGAUGUCAAAUACAUGAAAGAAUUCACACUGGGGAGAAACCCUAUGUAUGUAAGCAAUGUGGGAAAGCAUUCAGCAAACACACUUCCUGUCAAAUUCAUGAAAGAAUUCACACUGGGGAGAAACCCUAUGUAUGUAAGCAAUGUGGGAAAGCUUACAACAGGUACAGUUAUGGUAAAAUACAUGAAAGAAGUCACACUGGGGAGAAACCUUAUGAAUGUAAGCAAUGUGGGAAAGCUUUCAGCAGGCAAAGUGAAUGUAAAAUACAUGAAAGAAUUCACACUGGAGAAAAACCCUAUGUGUGUAAGCACUGUGGGAAAGCUUUCAGAACAAGUAGUAGUUGUCGUAAACAUGAAAGAACUCACUAAGGAGAAACCCUAUGCAUGUAAGUAGUGUAGAAAAGGAUUUGCUGCUAAGUCCUCAUUUCACAGAGAUAAAAAAAUUUACGUUGGGGAAAAACUCUGAGUAUGUAAACGAUGUGAGAAAGUAUAUACAUGUAUUAUCACAUACAUGAGAGAAGUUGCACUGGGGUGAAACUAUAUAUGCAAGCCUAUUUUGAAAAUCCUGUGAGAAUUUCUCAUGUAUUGGAGAUCAGUAGAAGUAAUUAAUACAAAAACUUUAUGUCAAAAUCAAAUUUUCCUGAGAACACAAUCCCAGAUGAAGAUAUCCUGAAGUACAAACAUUGUGUUUUCCAGUAAAUUAAUUAUGAAUAUGUAUCUGUAGUGUUUAGUAUAAAAAUAUUGAGUGAUAUAAUUAUAUAUUUUUGUGUCUUUGAACUUAAUAUGGUGUAUUUUUUAAUAUAGUGUCUUUUAAUUAAAUUUGAAAUGUAUUUUUUAUUUUCAAGUAGGAUUAAUUUGUAGUUUUUGUUUUGUCUACAAUAGGGAGGCAUAGGCCACUAAAAAACUUAAUGUUAAUUGUUUUUUGUAAUUGCUGAGAUUUUGCCCCUACUUCUGUUUUAAAUUUUUAGUGUAUAUACUCCAUAUUCUGUGGGAUGAAAUCUACUUGAUCAUGAUGUAUAAUCUUUUUGAUGAUAUACUGCAUUCUGUUUGCUAAUGUCUUGUUGAAAAUAAUUGCAUCUAUGUUCAUUAAGGAGAUUUUCCUGUAGUUUUCUUUUUCAGUUGGGUCUUUGUCUGGGUUGGGGAUCAGGGUGAUACUGGUUUCCAUAAAUGAAUAUGGGAACACUCUAUCCCUUUCAAUUUCUUUGAACAGUUUGAGGAAUGAAUAUUGGUGAUAUAACAUCCGUAAAGGUUCUGUAGAAUUCAGCAGUGAAUCCAUCAGGCCCUGGGCUAUUCUUCGUUGGUAGAUUCUUUAUUACUGUAGCAAUUUUAUUGCUUGUUACUGGGUCUUUAGGCAUAUUUGUGCCUUUGGGGGUUAGUUUUGGUAAUUUGUAUGUAUGUAGGAAUCUGUCCAUUUCUUCAAAAUUUGCUAAUUUUUUGAAAUGUAAUUUUUCAAAGUAGUUACUAUCUUCUGGAUUUCCAUAGUAUCUGUUUCACCUUUUUCGUUUCUAAUUGCAUUGAUGUGAAUCUUUUCUGUGUUUCUCUUGGUAAGUAUGGCUAAGGGCUGGUCUUAUUUAUUGUUUUGAAAAACCAGCUCUUCAAUGCAUUGUGUUUUGUUUUGUUUUGUUUUACUUCUUUGGUCUCAAUUUCAUUGAUACCUGCUCUCAUUUUUACAGUUUGCCUCCUUAAUUUUGGUUUGGGGCUGGUUUGUUGCAGUUUUCAAGUAUCUUUAGAUUUCCCAUAAGGUUCUUUAGCUUAGCUUGCUCUGUCUUCCUAAUGUGAGCAUUAAUUGCCAUGAAUUUUCCUUUCAGAACUGCUUUCAUAGUGUCCCAGACGUUUUGGUGAAUUGUAAAGUCAUUGUCAUUAACUCCUAGAAAUUCUUUGAUUUCUACUGUGACUCAUUGGUUGUUUAGGAUUAUGUUAAUUUUCCAGGAGCUUUUGCUUUUUCUGAAAUUUCCUCUGGCACUGAUUUCUAUUAUCAUUGCCCAGUGAGUGAUCUGAUAGUAUGGGGGUAAUUUCAAUUCUUUUUUAUUUACAGUACUUAAGCAGUCAUUGUGUACUAUGAUGUGAUCUGUUUUGGAAAAAGUAGCAUGUGGUGCUGAAGAACAGUGUUGUAGAGAGGUGGGAUACUCUGUAAAUAUCUGUUAAGUUCAUAUAUUCCAUGAGGUGGUUCAGUUCUGAUUUUUCAUUCUUUCGUUGGUUUUUAGUUGACCUAUCUCUUUGUGAAAGUAUGGUGUUACGUUUGGUUAUAACAGCAUCAACAGAUUCUAUAGGAUAGUUCUUGUAGUUGUGCUUCCCUGCUUUGUCUACUCUGUACACUAAAAAUGUUUAUUGUAAUUGUUGUGGAGUGAGGUAGGUGAAGUGGAAGGAGCAGAAUGGAAGGUGGUUAGAUGACGAGUUUAAAACAUUAAGGGGUAGGGGUUUUGUUGGGUGGGACAGUGAUAGAUGAGGAGAAAAGUUCAGUGUGGGGUCUGAUUCUGUUAGAGUGCUUUUCAUUAAGUUGAAGGGCUAGUACUGAGAGUUUUCAGAGGAUAUUUGUGAGGGACAAGUGUGAGAUAUGGGAGGAAGGAGAUGUACUUUGUGAUUGAGGCAAGCAGUGUGGUUGUCGGAAGCUGCUGGUAGGACAAUAGGCUAGGUAAGGUAUGGGAGAGCCAAAGGCUUAUGAUGGGGAUGAUUGAGGGUUAAUACUAGAGAAGAUAGGAAUGACUGUGGGGGAGCUGAGUAUGGGAAAUUAAAAACUUGAGAGGAGGAAUUUAUGGAUUUGGAAAAAGAAUAAAGAAAUAUGGUACUAGUAUUGCUUUGGGAAUUUGAGGUUAAGAAGCUAGAGAGGAAGCUGAGACAAUGGUGACAAUAGAGCCAGUGAAAGAAAAAAUUCAGUAAGUCUCCAAUUAUGAACAUUUGAGUUGUGAACUUUCACAGGUUUACUGUAUAAGACUCACUUUGUUGAACUUACAAAUGAAUCCUUCUCCCACAAUGGAACUCAUUCAUAAUUUGAGGACUUAGUGUAUACAAAAGUAAAAAGCUAAUACAAAGCCAUAAAAGAACAUAACAUAUCCAUCCCACACUACUAAAUAAAUCAAGAAACAAAACUCAAAUCUAUAAGCUAUCCAGUGGGAAUACAGAUUAAAUAUUCCAAUGAGAUAUUGUCUAUGUGAUUUGCAUGUAACUUUGCCAGAGAGCCUGAUUGCUCACAACUCAGUAACUGAAUCUUCCACUGCAAUACUUAAGCUAACUCACACUCAGAAAUUCUUUCUGCCAAGUUGCAGGCAGUCUUGCAGAGUCUGAUCCAGUCCGAGUUCUUGGGUUAGGAACUCUUGCUGACCCUCUCCUUGGGUGUGAUGGUGGCAUUGGCAGAUAGAUGCGUUGGCACAAAAUUGUCCCCUGAAUCAGGAGUAUUCCAAUGCAGUUAAGUCAGCUACAGUAGUAACAAUCAGUUAUAGUGGUAUGUAUUGGGGCAAGUUGAGAACAUAUCAUCAGACCCAAUUUUCUAUCUCCCUUUAGCUUAGAGAAGACAUCUGUAUUUAUACUGAAAGCAUUGUAACAGCCCAAGUAUUGACCUACAACUAAUAUGCACUAAAUGUGAUACCUAUGUCUCCUCUUAUGGUUAAAAAGUGUUCAACACUAAUUUUAUUGAAUCAGUUAUCUAAAGCCCAGGGGCUUGGAGACCAGGUAAUGGUGGGUGGAGAAGAAAAGAAAAAAAAGGUAUUUUAAAAAAUCCUUCUGCUACGUGGUAUGGGAAAGAGAAAAUAGAAGGGAGGCAAAGGAUAGAGGUAUGUCAUAUUAUUUAGGUGAGGAUAACAGGAGAAACUGGGUAUAAUAUUGGAAGUGAGAAAUGGGGAUAAGAAUGGAUUCUAUGACUAAUAUAAAAAAAAAUUUAAAGGUAGACAAAUGAAAAUGGGAAGUAGAAAGAAAAGAAAAAUAGAGAAUGGUUAAGGAACAGUAAAAGAAAUGUGAAAGGUUAUGGAUAAAGUAGAAGGAAUAAAAAGGGACAGCCGAGAAUUUACUUACCCUUUACAAACUGUAUUGGACGGAAAAGGCAAGAGGAAUAGAAACACACAGAUACACACACACACACACACACACACACACACACAAAAGAUAAGGAAGUAAUGGAAUAAAAAUGAGGGGGGAUGAAUAGAAAGAGGGAAAUGGGGAAAAAAAGUGUUCUAUUAUUUUGGAUGCAUGGGUCUUUUCCACAACCUAGGAAUAAGGAGCAGAGCUCAAGCCAACCUGUGUCUCUGCUCAUGCUGGAAGUCCAAGGUGGCAGUCCACCCCCAGAAUGGUGCUGGAUGCAGACAUCCACAUACAGUGGGGACAGGGCACCAAUGUGACCUUCCAGUCCUGUGUAAUUCAGGCCACAUCUGGCCUCUGACCACAUAAGCCAGGUCUAUGUUCACCAGCUCCAGCCCCUCAGCAGGACUCCCUCCAACCUGCCUCCAACCACCAGCUAGCUGUCUCCCUUAGCUGGCCUUCCCUCAUCCACUUUGGGAACUUGACAAUGUGGAGCAUGGCUUGGAGCCAAGGGGCUGCUCUGGGACCCAGGUUCAAACACAGCCCUUCCUUACAAUGGCAUCCCUCCAACUCUUACUUCACAAUUGUGGCAGGUACUGGACUGAGGUCACUCACCAACUGUUGAGUGUGGGAAGCCACUCUGGAAGCAGUACCCCCACGUUUUCCUUGCAGGUUCCAACUGCCACUCAUUCUCAGAGUCUCAGUACAUUUCUCUCUUCCUUGUGGAAUGUUCUACAGCUGUGUUCUUUGGGUUAGAAUCUUCAAAUCAGAAUUCAGACAUGGUCACCCCAUUGUGUUUGGUUAACCCAUCUCUUCCAUCUUGUUCCAUUUAUGAUAGGUACUCCUCUCUAUUUCUAGUUCUCUAAGUCUCUCCAGUGUAGCUCCUCCUCCACUCAGCCAUGUUGUAUCUUUCAGAUUCUUCCUUCUCAGAUGUUUCCUUGGCUUCUAUGAUGUGACUUCUCUAGUCAGACAUAUUGAAUACCCUAUUUCAAACCUUUGCCUUGUCCAAGAUCAGGGAUGUCAUUUGGCUGGAAUUUCUGCUGUUCCUUGCAGAGGGAGAAAAAAACACAGAGCCUGCUCCAGGUUGGCAGUGACUGAGCCUAAGGCAUGGAAUCCACAGUUGUAGAGUUGUUUUAGGACCAGCCUGUGUGUCCAUGCAUUCUUCCUGGGCCAUGAGUCGGUGUAUUCCGCACUACUGGUUUUUAAAAACAGAACAAACCAAUAGUUUUUCAGGAGAAAAUUAAACUUGAAAUACUAAUGUGCAGACUAUAUUUUUUAAAACAACCUGGAUAACAUUUACUUUGUGUUAACAGUAUCUGUCACAACAUUUUUAUUGUCAGUGUAAGAAUCAGCAGGUUUAUUAAAUAUUUUUUUCCAAUUUCAUAACACAUGAAAUCAGAGUCAUCUACAUUUCAUGUUGCAUGACUAUAGCAAAGUGAGUGGGUAUUUUUGAAGCAAAAUGUGAUACUUUAAAUCAGAACAAACAAUACAGUGAUAUUUUGUCUGAUGUCAGUGUGAGGCCAGAUCUUUUGGUCUGCUCUUGUCAGCCAACAGAAGCAAUCCCUUAACAAGAUGGACAAUCAAAAUCCCCUGAACACUCAACCAAACAAUUCUGUGUUUCCAUUUUCUAUGAUGGGCCUUGAAGUUCCUAAGCAGUGCCUCUGAUACCAAAGAACCUGGAAACCAUUAUCGAAAUGCAUCAAAGGGAACAUGGGCUUCUCUGGCAAUGUGUGACUUGGGCAGAAAGCGAGCUGCCAGAGCAAACCCACUGCUGUCAUUGCAACAUUAGGUCUGCUCUAGGGGUUGGAUUAAGGCAUCUGUAAAUGAGGAUGCUGCUACUAUUUGCCUUUGGAAGUCCAAUUCGAUGUUGUGUUGGCCAUUUACAGAGUUGCAUACCAAAACAAAACAUCUUAUUACCAGGUUCUUAUAAUCUAGGCAUUCAGGUGGUCUGAGCACAAUCUUCUGACAGCAGAGUUUAA